AUGGACUUUGUUGCGGGGAUGAAGCAGCUGGGUGCUGCUGCAGUGAUUUUAGGUUACGCGGAGAUGGACGAAGCAGCAGCAGGAGCAGCAGCAGGUGCAGCAGCGCGUGCAGCAGCAGCAGCAGCAGCAGCAGCGGGCGACAAAGCAGCAGCAGCAGCAGCAGCAGCAGCACCACACGAUGCAGCCAGUAGUAUAGUUCUCGUGGGGUUUGCUGCUGUUGCUGAACCCAUAGACGUGCAGCUGCUAGACAGCAGCGGAGAGGUGGGGCUGAGGAUAGUGGGCCGGGUUAAGGUUUUGGGGGUUCAGGAGGCAAACGAAAGAGGAUUCAAAGUGCGAGCUAUCCCGUGGUGGGAUGAGCGGAGAAAGUUCAGCGAUGCUGCUGCUGUUAGGGAGACCAUUGGUGCUCUUCAUUCUCUCGUUGAUAGAUGCAACAAACUAGAACUCAAAUAUAGGCAGCUGCAGCGUCGUUUUCACCAGGCCCACCUGGUGUCUCUGCGUCCCUCAUUGGGUUUUGUGGUGUCUGAACACCUCGCUGAUUUGGCGGCCCCCACAGAAGAAGAGACAGCCGAGAUUGUCUCCUUUUGUGCACUCGAUCAUCACCUAGAUGCUAGAACCAGAUGCUGGGCUAACUCGCAGCAAGACACGGAGAUGCGGCUGGAUUUGGUGCGGCGAGCGCUGGAAGCAAAAGUGAAGAAACUGCAGAUAGAGAUAAGAAACAUGAGGGCGAUAGAGGAGGACCCUCGUGCUGCUGCUGCUGCUGCUGCUGCUGAUGCUGCUGCUGCUGCUGGAGCCCCCCCACCACACCCAGCUGCUCCCCUAGGUAUACACCAAGAGGAGCCAGAGGAUAUCUAUGCGGGGCCCCCAAACUCGUACGGCUAG